AUGAGCAUUAUGGAUGUUAGGAGAGAUGAUGGAGAAACAAAAGUUGCAUCCAUGGGACAAUUCACACCUGGAAAAGAUGAAAAUCAAGAACCGUCCAAGUCAUCUUCCAGCUCGAAACCCUCCAAAAUACGAUCUUUUAUGAGACUGUACUUUAAAGAAAACCGAAAAUUUACAUUUUCAAAGAAAAAAAAUAAGGAAUUGCGUCCCUCGAACCCUUCAGAAGCAGCGUUUCACUCGGAUCAGCAAGCAGCAUGUACAGAAGAGGACAAGGAGGAUUCAAAUAAAGAGGAAAAUGGUAGCAGGGAUGUUUUCUCCACCCCCACAGAAAGUACAGAACCAGCUUCAAGUGCAGCUUCAUCGGUUUUGAAUGGAGAAAACAAAGAUGCCAAUCCUUCGUUUGAAACCGUUGUGCAGAGUUCUACAGAUCCAUCAUCGGCGCAUACAACCGAUGCACCAAACAUGGAUUCGGCAGGUCAUGUGGGAUCUACUGGCGUGGAUUCUCUCUUUGUUAAAAAGCGGGACAUAAAAAAAUCAUUCUUUAAGGGCGGAAAAAAGAAAAAAGAUCCAAAUGCGAGGUCUUUAUUUAAUCCUCGACGUACGAGCCAGUCCAAUGGCUCAGAAAAUCAACCCCAAAGUGCCAACGUAGAUGGUAUUAACCCAGCGGAGGAAGGGCGCAAAGUAGUGUCGGCAAAGAAAAAGUUCGGCUCUAAUGCCAGAAAAUACUCCUCAAACUCUGUGAAAAUUGGUGAUGUUGAAGUCGGGCCAUCCAGCUUUGAAAAGGUUUUCUUGCUUGGGAAAGGUGAUGUUGGUCGAGUUUAUCUGGUUCGUGAGAAAAAGACUGCUCGUUUCUUUGCUAUGAAAGUCUUGAGCAAGCAAGAAAUGAUUAAAAGGCACAAGAUAAAACGGGCGUUUGCUGAACAAGAAAUUUUGGCUACAAGUAACCACCCUUUCAUUGUUACUCUCUAUCAUUCUUUUCAGUCCGAAGAGUACCUCUAUUUAUGUAUGGAGUAUUGUAUGGGUGGUGAAUUUUUUAGAGCCCUACAGCGUCGCCCAGGACGCUGCCUAGCCGAGCAUGAGGCUAAAUUUUACAUCGCUGAAGUUACGGCUGCUCUGGAAUACCUCCAUCUUAUGGGUUUUAUCUACCGUGAUUUAAAACCUGAAAAUAUUCUUUUGCAUAAAUCUGGUCAUAUCAUGCUUUCCGACUUUGAUCUUUCUAAACAGUCAGGUUCCAUCGGCUCUCCAACUGUUAUUCAAGCUCGUAAUAGCAGUCCAUCUGCGCAAAGUACUUACGCCUUGGAUACCAAAUCUUGUAUUGCUAAUUUCCGUACUAAUUCUUUUGUUGGUACAGAGGAAUACAUUGCUCCUGAAGUUAUCAAAGGUUGUGGCCAUACAAGCGCCGUGGAUUGGUGGACUUUGGGUAUUCUAUUUUAUGAAAUGCUUUAUGCUACUACGCCUUUCAAAGGAAAAAAUCGAAAUAUGACAUUUUCAAAUAUCUUGCAUCGUGAUGUUGUAUUCCCGGAGUAUUCUAAUGCUCCUUCCAUCUCUAGCUUGUGUAAGUCCCUUAUUAGAAAGCUAUUAUUGAAAGAUGAAAACGAUCGUUUAGGUUCUCAAGCAGGUGCAUCCGACGUGAAGUUACAUCCAUUUUUCAAAAAUGUUCAGUGGGCUUUACUGCGUCACACUGAACCGCCGAUUAUACCUCGUCUUGCCCCUACAGAUGAAUUGGGCAAUCCAAACAUUGCUCAUUUAAAAGAAAGCAAGAGUUUGGACAUAACUUCCUCAGCUCAAAAUUCUCAGACAGUUGAAGUUCCUCUAUCUAAUCUUAAAGACCAAGAAGACGAUCCUUUUCUUUCGUUUAACUCAGUUACCGUACAUCACGAUUGGGACUAA